AUGGCUUCUUCUCUCACUACUAUUAUCUUCGGCCCUACAGGCCAAGUCGGCUCUGCGACUGCUCGAGCUGUGCAAAGUCUCGGUGCAAAGGUGGUCCUUGCUUUGCGUGAUCCCAAUAAGCCUAUUCCAGACCUCACCUCAGAACAGGAAAAGGCCGGAGGAUAUCGAAGGGUUCAAGCAGAUCUUACUAAGCCUGAGACCAUCGAGGCUGCUGUGCGCGCCACCGAAGCCAAGCGCGCAUUCAUAUAUCUCGCCUAUGGUUCUCCCGACUAUAUGAGACAGACUAUUGAGUCGCUAAAGGCCUCCGGUAUCGAGUUUGUUGUUUUCUUGAGUAGUAUCUCAGUGCAAGGAGACAUCAGGAAGGUUUCAACGGCAGAGUACAUACCAUAUGCACAUGCACAGGUCGAGGUCAAUCUUGACGAAGUCUUUGGAAGCGAUUGCUAUGCAGCCAUUCGACCUGGUUUCUUUGACUCCAAUGCACUGUGGUGGCGAGGUAUGAUUCAGGAGGGGGAUGUGAAGAUGGCAUACCCAGAUGCCGAGCUCGACUGGAUCUCACCCGACGACAUCGGUAAAGUGGCGGGAACGGUCCUGGUGAAAGGGAUUCUGGCAACUGAAGGCGCCAAAGAGCGCACCAUCAUUCCUCUUUGUGGACCGAAGCUAGUGUCUCAAAGAGAUGCUGUGAAGAUCUUUGGCGACGCGAUUGGAAAAAAUAUCACGGUCACUGAGGUGGACGAAAAGCAAGGUCUUGAAGUCAUGUUGGAAAAUGGUGUACCAGAAUUUGCUGCCGGGCCAAUAAUCGAGUCGCUUAGACCAAAGGCAAAUGGCAAGGAUGUCUUUGAUCCCUUCCACGGCGAAGGACACACAAAGGCGGUCGAAAAUCUUCACAAGUAUGCCUGGGCUGUCUCAAGCCUGGAAGAAUGGGCCAAGGCAAACAGACAUAUCUUUUUAUGA